CGAAGCUGCUCAGUCAGUAUGUAUGCAGACGAUACAGCAAUAUACUUUGCCGCCUCGACGGUUGAUGUGGUGAAUGAUAACAUCAAUUACGAUUUAAAUUGCUUAUCUGAGUGGUUGAAAGAUAAUUACCUGGUGCUGAAUAUCACCAAAACCAAGUGUAUUUUGUUCUGCUCACAGAGGCACGGUGAACGAAACAGAGCUCUUACCGUGAACUUCUUUGGGUCAUGUAUCGAAAGUGUUAUCACUUUUAAGUACUUAGGUGUAGUAUUCGAUAGUCAUAUGACGUGGAAAGAUCAAUCCAUUUCUCAUCCAUACGAAUUGGUGAUCGAGUCUAUACUAAGAAAUAAUGCUACAGAGGAACUUAAAGAACAUUGUGUCCAAUCAACAGAACCUAGACGCCAUAUUAAUUUCGUGUCCAUUUCUUACCUUACUUACUUACUUAAUAAAAACUAUUUGAAAUAG